AUGCGGUUUGACACUUGGAAUAUCAAAUCACUCAACGGAAGGGAGCAGGAAACACUUCAGGAACUGAAAGAUCACAACAUCGACAUUUGCGCCUUACAGGAAACAAAAAAGAAAGGGAAAGGACAGAUACAAUAUCAAGACUACAUAUUGGUGUACAGCGGUGUCGAUGGACAUGAGCGAGCUAAGGAAGGAGUAGCUUUGUUGGUGCAUAAGAAGCACAAGCUGAAUAUAGACCAGUGUCAGUACACAUCAUCCCGUAUAAUUGUUGUCACAAUACACUUGGAAAACCAGAAAAAAAUGAAUAUAAUAUCAGUGUAUGCACCAGAGGACAAUAAACCCAAAAAGGAGAGAGAACUUUUUUACGAUCAACUGCAAGAAACUAUAGAACGUCAACCUGCAAAUGAAACAAUGAUCGUUCUUGGAGACUUCAAUGCACGUAUCGGAAGUGAAAUCAUACCAGGGGCCCGAUUCUCGAAUGUGUAG